AUGGCCGAUCCAGCGCCCUCCAGGUCCGUCGACUCGUUCAGCCUCCACUCGACGGGGCAGGACAGCGCGAUCCAAGUGAGCGAGGCAGCAGAGCAGCCGGUGCCGGUGCCCGCCGACUCGCAGGACCACGCGGCGCCGCAGGAACCGGACAACCAGCCCGACUAUGUGUCCGACUCGGGCUUCGACAGCGGCAGUCUGCUGGGCGACGAGACCGACACGCUCGCCUCGUCCAUAAUGCACUACCGGAUGGAGAACGGGCGCCAGUAUCACGCAUACAGGGACGGCGCGUACUGGGGCCCCAAUGACGAGCUAGCAAAAGAGAUCCUCGAUUUUGCCCAUCAUAUGUACUUGCUCACGCUUGACCACAAACUGCAUCUCGCGCCCAUCAAGAAUCCCCAGCGAAUCCUCGACGUCGGCACGGGGACGGGCAUCUGGGCGAUUGAUAUGGCUGCAGAUCAGUACCCCUCCGCGACCGUCAUCGGAACAGACCUCUCCCCAAUCCAGCCCGAAUGGGUCCCGCCAAACUGCAUGUUCGAAAUCGACGACGUGACGCUCGAUUGGACCUUUCCGCCUGACCAUUUCGACUUUAUCCACAUCCGCGAGCUGUUUGGAUGCGUGCCGGACUGGGACUUCUUCUUCGAGGAGGCGUACAAUCACACGAAGCCCGGGGGAUGGAUAGAGAUAGUAGAGCACUCGGUGCAGCCGACGUCGGACGAUGGCUCCCAGGGGCCCGAUCACUUCUUCCACCUCUGGGGCCAGACGGUCAUCGAGAUGGGCCAGAAGUUCGGCAAGAGCUUUACCAUCUGGAACGAAGCUAAGGAAAGAAUGGAAAAAGCUGGUUUUGUAGAUGUCACGGAAAUAACGUACAAAUGGCCGAUGAACGGCUGGCCUGAAGACAAGAAGCUCAAGAACAUCGGGCGGUGGAACCAGCUGCGGCUGCACGAAGGAAUCGAGGGCUUCAUGAUCCGGCUGCUGACGCAGGUUGGCGGGUGGUCCGUCCCCCGUGCGCAAGUCUUCCUCGCCGAGAUGCGGAGGGAGCUGAGGAACUACAAGGUCCACGCCUACCUCCCGGGCACCGUCGUAUACGGACGGAAACCGCUACGAUCUUCAUGA